GCAUGGAGCCCCCCCGGCUUUCCAUCAAGCAGGAACCCCUGGAUUCAGGAGAUUCCACCUGUCCGGAUUCCCAACAUAGCGGUGAGUCAAGCUCUGGACAUCUCUUGCGUCCCGCUGGGAACGGCUUGCUACGGGGGAUUACCAAAAAGGAUCCCAUGUCCCUCUUGGCCGGAGGACGCAAAUAUUCGGACCAUUGCGAAGCGCGAGCGUCCAGGCCUGGCAAAAGCCGGAUUCCCGGGCGGGACCACCGGCGGUAUUACCACGAGCACUGGCGGGCCGAAUACUUGAUGGACUUCAAUGCGGCGCGUCAUGGCAUGAUCUGCAUGGUGUGCGGCAGCUCGCUGGCCACGCUCAAACUGAGCACCAUCAAGAGGCACAUUCGACAGAAACACGCGUACUCCCUUACCUGGAGCACCCAGGAGAAGGAAGUCAUCAUGAAUAGUUGGGAUGCACACCUGGGCCUGGAGAUGGAGACGGAGGGGGCCCGUGAGGCUGCCAAGGGAUCCGGGGCGCCCCCCAGGGAUCACGGAGAGGUCUCCCUGGAUGGAAGCCGCCGGAGAUGCCGUGGGCCGGCUCCUCUUCCCUCUCGUGGGGCACACCGCUCCUCCAGCCUCACCCUGAAAUCUUCCUCGGAGGGCGAGUCCCAGAGUUUGGAGCAGUAUUUGAAGCAAUCGUUGCAGAGCUGGUUCCAGUCCGAAUUCCUGAUGGACUACGAUCCCCAGGGCAACCGUCUCUUCUGUAUGAUGUGCGGUUCCUCUCUGCCCAGUUUGAACCUGGACGACAUCAAGCGUCACGUGAUGGAGGCGCACCCCACUUCUCUUGGCUUCACCCCGGCCGAGAAGGGGGCUAUCCUGGAGGCAUGGAACUCUCGAGAGUUGGUGUUGGGAGCCGAGGCGAGAAAUGAAGAGGACGCAGAAACUGGCAUGUCUGCCCAGCAGGAUCUGAGCACGAAAGAGCUGGACUCUUCGACUUCCCCAGAUCGCCCCCCGGCAGAGGAAGGGAUGGAUGAGGCCGGCCCGUGGGACUCGGAAGGGAGCAGCCCUCGCGUUCCGGCCCGCGGCCGAGACCACCGCCGCUACUUCCAGGAACACUGGCGGGUGGAGUAUUUAAUGGACUACAAUGGGCUGCGCCACGGGUUGGUGUGCAUGGUUUGUGGGAGCACCCUGGCCACGCUCAAAAUGAGCACCAUCAAGAGGCACAUCCAGCAGAAGCACCCCGACUCCACGCAGCUCAGUCACCACGUCAAAGCUCUCAUCGUGCAGGAGUGGAACCAAAAGGUGGCCCGUCUUACGGACGCCGACGACUCCCAGCCGGAAACGGAUGCGGAGGCGGACCAAGCCGAAUCGCAGCGUGUUUACAAGCCACCUGCCUCUCCAGAGGAUUCCCCGGAGGCCUGGGCCACUCCUAAGAGGGAGGAAGAGGCACCCGGAGCAGAAAGGCUGGCCCUGCCUCAGCCGUCGUCUCCAGGGGUUGCCUCCACGCCGGCCGGGGCCCUGUCUCGCCGGAGCCAACGCCGGAACUACCAGCCUCGCUGGCGGGUGCAGUACCUGAUGGACUACGACGAGCAGAAACACGGUUUGAUCUGCAUGGUGUGCGGGGGCACAUUGGCCACCCUAAAAGUCAGCACCAUCAAACGGCACAUCCUCCAGGUGCAUCGGUUCUCUCUGGAGUACACCGAGCUGGAGAAACAGACAAUCCUCGAAGCUUACAGCGAAAACGAGCGCAUCGCCAGGCGCGACAGGGCGACAGGUCCCAAAACGCCCGCUGCGGGCAUCAAUUCCGAAACUCGGGACAUUAAGCCCGGCACGAAAGAGGCAGGGAAAAUGGCGUUGGGUUACAAACUCUCUCUGUGUGCCGUUUAGCCAAACGGGCUCUUGGCACCAUUGGGGAAAAAAAAAAAAACGGUGAAUCAGAACGGUUUCUCCUCUCCCUGCCGACAGCCGAGAGGGUGGAAAUGUUUUUCGGAGAAGCUGCGACUGGAGCCGACGCUUGCAGAGGCCCCAAAAUUAUUCUUUUCCUUCACGUCUGGAGAAUUUGUUUCAUUGCAUGUUGUGUUCCAGCAGCGACAAUAUUAUUAUUUUUUUUGUUUUGCCUCUCUGGGCUGCAGAGAUUUUUGACUCCGAAAACUUGGGGGCUAGGAGCUUAUGGUACAUGGAGAGCUGGAAAACACACACAAAAAAAAUCAAGCCAAACAGGGAAAAAAAAUGCAAGGAUGUCAGGAAUGGAAAAUCGAGAGGUAGACUUUAUCUUGAAACUGUAAUCGUCGUUGGGGGGCGGGGAACGAAAUAGCAGGCGUGUGAGCUGCUGAACCUUCACGCAUGGCGUUCCUUCUCCUGCGACUUUGUUUCAGGAAAGCACUUAAUAGGCUGGUAGAUGUGGUUUUAUUUUAUUUUAUUUGGGAUUCUUGUGUUGCGGUAUUCAGAGGUACGAGCCGGCCUGCGGCAGCUUCGGUUGUCAACUAG